AUGGGGUCAGAAAUCGUGAAAAUAGAGAGCAGGUCUCUCUCACCUGAAAGAUUCACUCAAUUGCAUGAUCAGACCCUACGGCUCUCAUUCUCUCGUCUGAUUGCUUCAUAUGUAUGUCUAUGCUGCUGUUAUUUUAUCUCAUAUCUUGAUAUGAAUGCGACGACGACAGCCUUGCCUACUAUCUCGAACGCCUUGUCUGCGGGAACAACCAUAACAUGGGCUGGAACCGCCUUCCUUUUGGGACAAACAACGUUCCAACCACUCUAUGGUCGCGUGUCCGAUAUCUCUGGGCGAAAGCCUGUGCUACUCAUAUCUCUCGGGUGUAUCAUGGUGGGCGAUCUCCUUUCAGGAUGGGCGCAAAGCCCAGUAUGGUUAUACGUGACCCGAGCAUUGAGUGGAGUUGGUGCAGGAGGUAUAAGUUCCCUUGUUUCCAUAAUAGUGAGCGAUUUGGUCAGCUUAAGAGAACGAGGAAAAUAUCAAGGAUUCGUGAGCAUCGCAAUCGGAGCAGGAGCAGUAACAGGGCCAUUCAUCGCAGCUGGUGUCAUUGCAAGGGGACAUGAUGGCUGGCGAUGGGCCUUCUGGGUUCCAUCUAUUCUCGCGUUCAUAUGCAUGUUCCUGCUCUUAUUUCUCUUACCAUUAAAACCUGUUACUGGUGGCUGGCGAAGUAAAGUGAGACAAAUUGAUUGGAGUGGUGUCUUCCUCUCUACAAUCGGGAUUGUGUUCUUACUGAUCCCAAUCAGCUCUGGAGGAGGUACCUGGCUAUGGAUGAGUCCCCUUAUUAUCGCCCUUCUGACCCUUGGAGUCAUUUCAAUUGCAUCAUUUAUCCUGGUUGAGGGAUUCCGGGCUAGGCUGCCCAUCAUGCCCCUGGCGUUGUUCAAAGAAAGAUCCCUAACAAUAAUGUUGUUCACGGGUGCCCUUCAUGACUAUGUUUGGCAGUCAACUCAGUACUUUGUGCCUCUUUUCUUUCAAGAAGUCAGAGGAUAUUCACCUCUUGAAAGCGCCAUCCUGACUUUGCCUUAUGUUUUGGCUCAAAGUCUGGCGGGUACAAUAUCCGGACCCUUAAUGAGUCGAUUUGCUAGGUUUGUCACAUCGGCUCUAUCUUUCGUGCUAGAUCUAACCUUUGAACCUUCAACAUUAGGUAUACUCCAGUGUUACGAACGGGCCUUUUUCUUUGGUCAUGUGGAGCAGGCCUUCGAGUGUUAUUUGGUCGAGGUACCCAUACUGCUGUCUAUGCAGUGGUACUGGCUAUCGAAGGUGCAGGUGUUGGCUAUACUCAUCAGCCUGGUAAGAGCUGCUUCCCAUGUUAUAAAAUCAAUACUGAUGCUAGUUGAAGGUCUGGUAGCUGUACAGGCUCUUGCAAGAGAGGAAGAUCGAGCAGUCGCCACAUCUACUCGCAAUCUACUACGAUCUUUAGGAUCUGUUUUCGGUAUCGCGAUCUCAACUGCAGUGCAACGAGCUGUCAUCAAGUCUUAUUUGAAGAUAUCUGGGGAUACACAAGAUCACAUGGGCACUGGAGACGUGAGCUCGUUAGAACACUCUCGGAUAUUAGAUGCAAAGAUGGCAGGAUUUCGAGUGGUCUUUAUCAGUCUUGUGCCCUUGAUUUGUCUUUGCUUCAUAGGCAAUUUUUGGGUGAACGAUGUAACACUUAGCGAUGAUAAGAAGGAUGAGCUGAGCCCGAUAGAAGACGAGGAGACACCUAAGGAAAGUGAAUGA